AUGACGGGAGACACUCCACCGGGUGGCUCCGGUACCAACACCAACCCGUCAUCAGAUCCAAACUCACCAUUUUACAUCCAUCCCACUGAUUAUCCACGACAAGUGCCGGUUAAUGAAAAUCUUGGUGACAACAAUUAUGCUGACCGGUCCAGGGAGAUAAAAGAUUUUCUCCUAGCAAAGAAUAGGGCUGGUUUUAUUGAUGGAACCAUUGAAAAGCCGAAUGAAGGAACGACUGAGUACAGGGCCUGGCAACAAAAUGACGCUUUGAUAAAGGGAUGGCUUAUUACAGCCAUGAAAAAGGAUAUCAUGAAUAGUGUAAAAUACGCUACCACCGCCAAGGAGAUUUGGGAUGAUUUGUAA